CCCCGCGCCCCGAUCGGAAGGCAGGAAUCCUCCCUGGCGGCCUUCGCGAACCGCCUUCCCCGCGGGCUUUGCGGAGGGGUUUCUCCACGUUUUGCGCUGGGUUUUCUGCAGUUCCGCCACUUUCCAGGGCUGCGGACUGCAAGUCGCAGGAUCCGGGAUGCGUCGCCCGCUGGCUGGGAAUCCCGGGAGUUGCUAAACUCCGAGGCGGCUUCCUUCCCACGAGCCCCGGACCCCGAAUAUCCCCGGCCUCCCCUCCCCUCCCCGGCCCUUCCCCCUUGACCCGUGCACGAGGGUCCAGGAGGAUUCAAAGGUUUGAAAGUUUUGGCUCUCCGGUUGGUCGCCUCUUUGGUGGAGUUUCGCAUUCCUUCCUUUCCUCGGAUCAUCCCUCCGUCUGCUCCGGUCCUGUCAUCGGUCCCAUCCUCCUCCCUCCCGGCGUUUUAAGGCACGCAGGAUGCCAGCGAAGCGAAGCAGGCGGAAGAUUUAACAGAUGAGUUGAAGGGGACCUUAGAGGUCAUCUAGCCCAAGCAGGAGACCCUCCACCAUUUCUGACAAAUGACAGUUCAGCCUCUUCUUGAAAGUUUCCAGUGAUUUAUGAUGUCUGAAAAGGCCCAGCCACGCUCCUUUUUUUUAACCAUCUUAGGUUAGACAUCCUGGAUUUAAAGUCCUGAUAGUGGGCUAAUUGGGGGAAGGAAUCAGCCCCCCUGUCCUUAGAAAAACCAGACAAUAUUAAAAGAAGCAUGAUUUUGAGCCACUUUUUGAGGCAAAGAGGGGUCUUGACUUAAUGGAUUCCCCCCUCCCCUCCCCAAGAUCCUCGUGGCAUCUUGGGUCAGUCAGGGGUGUCACAGACUAUGGUUAAAAUGAAAUCAAGAUAAGGCUAUUUUGACGGGAUGCGCAUAAGAACAGCUGGAGCUUUGGUCACAUCCCCAUGGGUGCUGUCUGACCAUUUUUUUAACCCUGCCGAAACUGCUGAGAACAGGCACGGAGCAAUCCUCAAGGAUGACGUUUGCAGGGAUUCCUGCUUCCAUUUUGACUUGUGGUUUUAUUUCACUCUGCAAAACUGGGUCCUGGACUUUGGCCGGCCCAUCGCCAUGAUCGUGCUUCCAUUGGAAUGGUUUCCCCUGAACAGGCCGAGUGUUGGGGAUUAUUUUCACAUGGCCUAUAAUGUCAUCACACCCUUUAUUCUGCUGAAGCUGAUGGAGCGCUCCCCCAAGGCUCUUCCCCGCUCCAUGGUGUAUCUCUGCAUCAUCAUCUUUGUCAUGGGGGCCAGUAUCCACCUGGUGGGGGACUCUGUCAAUCACCGGCUGAUCUUCAGCGGCUACCAACUCCACCUGUCCGUCCGAGAGAAUCCAAUCAUCAGAAAUCUCAAGCCGGAGACCCUGAUCGAUUCCUUUGAACUGCUGUACUAUUACGAUGAGCACCUGGGCCAUUCAAUGUGGUACAUCCCCUUCUUUCUCAUUCUGUGCAUAUAUUUUUCUGGCUGCUUCAUACCUUGCAAAGAACAACAGCCGAGAAUCCCUGUGGCUGCUUUACUCCUCAUUGGGCCCAGCAGCCUCUAUUACUGGUACCUGGUGACGGAGGGCCAGAUCUUCACCCUCUUCAUCUUCACCACCUUCGCCCUGGUAGCCCUCGUGAUGCACCAGAAGCGGAAGGGGCUGGUCAUGGACAGCAACGGGCGCUUCCUCUUCUACUCCUUCAUCCUCACGCUGGGGCUGGUGGCCCUCUGGAUUGGUUGGCUCUGGAACGACCAGAUCCUCCGGAAGAAAUAUCCUGGCAUCAUCUACGUUCCUGAGCCCUGGGCCUUUUACACCUUGCACUUGAGGAAUCUGCCCUCCACGGAGGCAGAGAGCUUUUGAGGCGGUGGCUUCCUUCAUUUUGGGGGCACGGGGUCCUUUGGGCAAGCCAGCAGGGUUUGGGUAGUGCCCAAGGAUGGGAGGCUUGGCCUUCCUCCCAUUCGUGGCGCUUGUAUCCAGGGGAGCCUGAUUCUGUGUGGCUUCAUUUGGAAGCAGGUUCUCCCAAACUGGGGCCUCCUCCCAAAUCAAUCUUCACAGGGAGCCUGAGGCUAGAAAAGGGGAUGUGGCUGCGGGGAGAAUACACAGGACCCAAAUCAGACUACCCAGUCUGCUGAUCCGACAUUCCUUAUGCACCGGGGUUUGCAUUUUUCCAUGGUUUACGUCCUGUGUGAUUGAAAAGAUGUCUACGUAGAGUUUGUCAGAACGUUGAAUGGAGAAGAGGGUCUAGGAGGCCCCAUGUGACUUCUGAUGUUCAGCCUGUCUCCUCCUUUUGCAUUUUCCACCCUACGUUGGGUUGAAAUCUAUGCAGAGAUGAUGAACUGCUUCCUUUGUGCAGCUCAGUCUUGCUACAUCUCGGCAUUCAGUUCUCAGCCAGGACUUUGGUAGCUAGUUUGAUUGUUUACUCCUCAGAUUCAUGGUGCAAGUAGAUAAUAUUAAAUUUAGUGAAUUUUGAAAUGAGAAAAAAGCACUGAAAACUUUGACUUCCAGCCUCUACGAAUUCCUGGUUUUUGCACUCACUAACAUGGACAAGUGGCAGAUACGACUGGAAAAGAGAGAGAGGUUCGGUCAGGGGUGCAAAAAGCAUUGCAUUAGGUAUUGCAAACAUGAGAUUAGGAGUAGCAAACCCACAAGAGGGAAAACAAAGAGGCUGCAAAGGGAGGUCAAGGAGCAGCCGCCACGUGGAAAGAGGCCAUCCAGCCCUGUACAGGUAGUCCUCGAUUUGCAACAGUUCAAAAUUACAACAGCCCUAAAGAAGUUACUUAUGACCAUUUUUCA